AUGACCUCUCAACCAAAAGUCUGGCUCAUUACCGGCUGCUCCGCCGGAUUUGGCAUAUCUCUUGCCCGCGCCGUCCUCGCUCAUGGCCACCACCUGAUCGCUUCAUCGCGGAACCCCUCAAAAACACUAGAGCUGGUCCAAGAGGUCAAACAAAAAGGCGGCCAUUGGCUCGCCUUAGAUGUCACCAGUCCCGCCAAGAACAUAAAGCGGACCAUAGACGAAGCGGUUGCGCUCCAUGGCCGUCUGGACGUUGUAGUAAACAACGCGGGCUUUGCGGUCCUCGGCGCCGUGGAGGACAUUACUGAGGCCCUUGCCCAAGAGGUAGCACCCUUUGGUGUUCGGGUUAUCGUGGUAGAGCCGGGACUGUUCCGGACCAAUUUCCUAGAACACGGCGCUGCUACGUACGAGCAGCCGAGCGAGCCAUACCGCGGCACUGUCGUUGAAGACAAUAUUCAAUAUCUCCAGGGCCGGCAUGGCAAGCAGCCAGGGGAUCCGGACAAGGCGGCGGAGCGGAUCUAUGAGGUUGUCACUGGCGAAGGCAUGGCCCAGGGGAAACCGGAGCACCUUCGCCUCGUCCUUGGAAGCAAUGCUUUUCGCACGGCACAGACGAAGAUCGAGCAGCUGCAGAGGAAUCUUACGGAGUUGGAAGAGCUUUCAAUGAGCACCGAGUACGAUUCGUGA